ACCUAAAGGAUGUGAAAACAGGGAGAAUAAUACUGGUAAUCGAGAAAAGCUAAGGUGAAUUGUGAAGCUUAUUAUGCCUCGAUACAAAGAUGAACCUCCUGCGGUCCGCGUUUACACUGUUUGUGAUGAAUCCAAAUAUUUAAUUGUGAGGAAUGUUCCAGCAUUGGGUUGUGGUGAUCAGCUCUCUCAGCUAUUUUCCACUUACGGACAAAUUGAAGAAUGUAAACCAAUGGAUGCUGAAGAUUGUGAGCCAUUUACGGACGUCUUCUGGAUCAGGUUUUGCCGGGUUGACAAUGCCAGGUUUGCCAAAAGGAAACUGGACGAGUCUGUUUUCCUAGGGAACAGGCUACAGGUCUCUUAUGCACCUCAAUUUGAGAGUCUACACGAGACAAAGGAGAAGUUAGAAGCAAGGAGAAAGGAAGUUUUAACACGAUUAAAUCCUGGAAGGUCGAAAGGAUCUGCUACAUGUCGUCCAGAUGUGCUUGGUGAGCCCUCUAUAGCUUCCUCUCCAGCCCAUUUGAAUUAUGUUGCACAAUCAAUUGGCUCUAAUGAAAGGCAGAGCUCGAAUUCACAGUGUAACUCUGCUCAUGACAUACAGUGUUCUCCUCCCGUAACAAUGGUUUCUUCAGACAAGAAUGACUGUUUCCUCCCCUUACAUAUGAUGUCAGGAAUACUUUCCUUCACAAUCUAUGAAUCAAACUGUUAAGCUGGUCAGAGAGAAACUAAAUAAGAUACAAUCCAGUGUGGACCAUUUAGAAGGUGAACCAUCCAAGAGAAAACGUGUUGAUAAUAGGAGACGGAUAUAAGUACUGUUCGGAUGCUGACAAGAGAAUAUGGCUAUGGCUUAGUUUUUUCCUCCCAUUCUAUCUGCAGAAUGUGUUUUCUUUCCUGCCAAAAUCUUUCUAUGGUUUCUUUUCUGUUCAGAAACAUCACCUCUUUUCCUGGAAAACCGGCCCUUUUUGAUGCUGAAUCUGGUUAAACCAAUACUUUCUCAGUUCUAGUCCAUGGUGUACAGAAUCUCCUCUGCCUUCUUCACCAACUGGUAUCAAGAAAAACGAUGUCGUUCUUAUUUUUUUCCCCAACUCUAUCCAAUUUCAUCUUUGUAACUUUGGUGUUAUUGCCAUAGGUUCCAUUACUAUAGGCAAUAAUCCUAUGUAUACAGUUCCAAAACUUUCCAAGCAAGCUUAAAAUUGUAACCCAAAGCUUCUUAUCACUGUUCCUGAAUUGCUUAAUAAGGUUAAUGGUUUUAAUUUGCUUA